AUGAGUGCGGCGGAGGGCGGCCAAGUUGUGGCGAGUUACAUUGCACUCCCCAAAGCCCCGCGGUCCGACUGGAAGGCAUCGGACUUUGAAAUGCUUCACAAAUUGGGGGGCGGCAACUACGGGGAUGUUUACUUGGCCUCCGUGCGGGACUGUAACUUUGUGUGCGCCAUCAAAAAACUUUCCAUUAAGAAACUGGCGGAAUUUGACAUUGUCGCGCAGCUCCGCCGGGAGAUCGAGAUUGCGUUUCACACCCGUCACAGGUAUCUGCUGCGUACGUAUGGGUACUUCUUCGAUGACACAGACAUUUACCUCAUUCUAGAGCCCUGCAGCAAUGGGAUGCUGUACACAGAACUGAACCGGGUGAAGUUUUUUCCUCCUCCAACCGCAGCCCGCUACGUUGCACAGUUAGCCGAGGCGCUUCUUUACCUCCACCAGCAUCACAUUCUUCACCGCGACAUUAAGCCGGAAAACAUUCUGCUCGAUCACAAUCAAAACAUUAAGUUGGCAGACUUUGGGUGGUCUGUGCACGACCCUCACAACCGCCGGAAGACGUCCUGCGGCACACCGGAGUAUUUCCCGCCGGAGAUUGUUGGGCGCCAGCCGUAUGACACGAGCGCA